UUGACAAACUGUGUUCAAUGUAAUUCACAGUCUUCUCUCUUUUUGACUUUUAUUAAUUAUAUAAAUAACUUAAGAAUGUUUUAAAAAAAUGGAAGAUUUAAUUAGAAGACGUUUGCAGUAUGGAGCUGCUGUUGCAGCAUGUCUGGGUGGAUUCUGUUUGGGAUGCUGUCUGGGAUGGAAUUCCCCUUGUUCGGAGCUUCUCAAACAAAAUUACAAAUUUGCAACUUUAGAGAGAAAUUUAAUAGGAGCCGCUUUACCAUUGGGAUGUCUUUUGGGUGUGAUUAUUGUACCAUUUCUUGUUGAUAGAAUUGGUCGAAAAACAACAAUGCUCAUUAUUAUUCCACCUUUUGUUUUUGGAUGGUUAUUAAUUAUUUUUGCAUUUUCACAUGUGCCUCUCUAUGUGAUUGGUAGAUUUAUCACUGGAUUUUUUAGUGGCAUGUAUUGUGUCUUAACACCAAUGUAUUGUGCGGAAAUUAGUGAAAAAGAAAUCAGAGGUACAUUGGGAGUUUUCUUUCAACUUUUACUUGUCAUUGGUAUUCUCUUUGCUUUUUGUACCGGAUACAUGAAUGAUGUCAUGUGGAUAUCAAUUUUAAAUGGAAUAACGCCCAUUGUUUUUGGCGUUAUUCUAUUUUUCAUGCCGGAAAGUCCUUUGUAUUUUAUAAUGAAAGGAAAAGAUGAAAUGGCUAUAAAAGCAAUGGAAAAUUUUCGAGGAGCAAAUUUUGAUGUUGGCCCGGAAAUCAGCGAAUUUAAAAAAAUUGUUGAUAUCGACAAGGAGGAAUCAGUGGGUUGUAAAUAUUUAUUUAAAAAAUCUUUAAGAAAAGUUCUCUGCGUUGCAUAUGGUUUAAUGAUUGCCCAACAAUUGAGCGGUAUAAAUGCAAUUAUUUUUUAUGGUGUCACAAUUUUUGAGGCAACCGGCACUGAAAUGGAUUCAUUGACACAAAAUGUAUGCGUGGGAAUUGUUCAAGUUAUUGCUUGCACUGUUUCUGCACUUAUUGUCGACAAGGUUGGACGAAAAUCCCUUAUGAUUGUCUCAGAAAUUAUUAUGUGUUUCUGUCUCGUAGCUUUGGGCAUUUUUUUCUCUAUACAAAAAAAUAAUCCCGAUAUUUUGACAAAAAUCAGUUGGCUUCCUCUAACUUCCUGUAGUCUUUAUAUUUUUGCAUUUUGCAUUGGAGCAGGUCCAAUUCCAUGGUCGUAUAUGGGUGAAAUUUUUCCAACAAAAAUUAAAGGCACAGCAUCAUCAAGUGCUGCACUUCUUAAUUGGUUUCUUGCUUUUGUGGUGACAAUAUCUUUUGAAAGUAUCGCUGAAACAAUUGGCAAUCACACGACAAUGUUUCUAUUCGCUGGAAUUUGUCUUUUUAGUGUAGUUUUCUUAUUUUUCACAAUGUUGGAAACUAAAGGAAAAACAUUCAGCGAAAUUCAACAAGCCUUUGGUACCAUUGAAAAUGAAUUAAAUUAAUGACUAUAACGAGGAAAACAUUUUUAGAAUUAAAAAAAUUUUUUAAAUCUUUUUGAACAUUGUAUAUAUAUAUAUUUUAUAUUAUAAAGAAUUUUAUUUUACAAUGAAUAUUUAUUUUUAAUUAAU